GGCCAGGGCGGGCCCGGGUUGGGGCCGGCAGUCGGCGGCGCCCCUUCUUCAGGUGUUGCGGUGGUUCCACGUCGCCUGGCGGUCCGUAGCUUCCGUGAGCCCGGGCUGCCCCCAGCGUCCGGAGCGCCGGCCCUUCGGCUCCCGCGCGGCCAUGGCGGGGCCGGGCCCGGGCCAGGGGGACCCGGACGAGCAGUACGAUUUCCUGUUCAAGCUGGUGCUGGUGGGCGACGCGAGCGUGGGCAAGACGUGCGUGGUGCAGCGCUUCAAGACGGGCGCCUUCUCCGAGCGUCAGGGCAGCACCAUCGGCGUCGACUUCACCAUGAAGACGCUGGAGGUCCAGGGCAAGCGGGUCAAGCUGCAGAUCUGGGACACAGCUGGCCAGGAGCGAUUCCGCACCAUCACCCAGAGCUAUUACCGCAGUGCCAACGGGGCCAUCCUGGCUUAUGACAUCACCAAGAGGAGCACCUUUCUGUCCGUGCCUCACUGGAUCGAGGACGUGAGGAAGUACGCGGGCUCCAACAUUGUGCAGCUGCUGAUCGGGAACAAGUCGGAUCUCGGCGAGCUCCGGGAGGUCCCGCUGGCCGAGGCACAGAGCCUGGCAGAGCACUAUGACAUCCUGUGUGCCAUCGAGACGUCGGCCAAGGACUCGAGCAACGUGGAGGAGGCCUUCGUGAGGGUGGCCACGGAGCUGGUCAUGCGGCACGGCGGCCCUCUGCUCAGUGAGAAGGGCACCGACCACAUCCAGCUGGAUAGCAAGGACGUCGGAGAGAGCUGGGGCUGCGGCUGCUGACCGGGGUGCAGGGCAGGCAGGCAGGGGCCUCCCCACCUCCUCUCUCUGGCCUGCCAGGCCCACCCCUCCAGAGCUGGCCCUCCAUGGUGCCAGCGAUCCUAGAGCAGCUGGAUAAAGCCCUGGAAUUCUCCAUUCCGUGGCCUGGGUGCUUGAUGGGAAAGCUACCCUCGAUGAAGGAAGCAGCGGGGUACCUUCUGAGGGAGACCUGUUGGCCUGUGGGGCGUGGGGCCCCACCUGCCAGCCAGUGGCCGUCCCCUCUGUGUUCUUCACAGUCCAGGACUGGCCCAGGCCUGCCGGUGUGGAUCCCAGCAGGAGAGGGGCCGGGAUGUGCCUCCCUUGCUGCACAUGUACUGGGUCUGACCAUUUCACACCUUCAGUCUUGCUGCAGCUGAGGCGGCCGGGGUGUGGCUGGUGCCUUGGGUUCUUUCAAGUCACUCCAGGGCCUCUGUACCGAGUGAGAGCAACCCGCCCAGCAGACUCUAGGGAAGCCCCAGCUCCUUCCAGGCCGGGAACUUCCUUCCUUUCUUCACUGCCAGCUCGAAGCUCACAGACAGCUUGGGGCUUGGCCUGCUGCCUUAGCAAGACCUCUCAAGUUUUCUGGUUUUCCGUGUAGCUUCUUGUUUUCGUCGGCACAAGUAUGGGGUCAUGGCCCACAGCCCAGCGGGGACCGUCUGCUGGCCUGGGGCCCAAAGUGUGGCCACUCAGGUUGCAAAACCAGCUGAUUCCUUCAGCACCGACUCUCAGAACUUGGGGGUUGGGGGAAUGAGGUGGGAAUGUGGACACUUAAGGGAAAAGUAAACGCUUGCAUCCCUGAG